ACAGCCCAUAUCUUGCCACCAAAUUUGAAAUCAAAGUAUUUUUCUAUUAGCAAAAGAAAUAUUAGUAUGGAGGGGAAGAGAGGACCAGAGAAGAAUAACCAGCAGAAAGAACCGAAGGCACGAGAUCAAAACCGAUAUAGAGGGAUUCGGAAGCGGCCAUGGGGUAAGUUUGCGGCUGAAAUUCGUGACCCUUCGAGAAAUGGAGUACGGCUAUGGCUAGGCACAUUUGAGACAGCUGAGGAGGCAGCAAGGGCUUAUGACCGAGCUGCUUUCGGCUUUCGGGGCCAUUUAGCCAUACUCAACUUUCCAAAUGAGUACCAAUACCACAACCCUUCAAGCUCCUUGAGCACUUUAUAUUCGUCUUCAUCUUCUGCUUCUUCAUCUUCGUUUUCAAAUGUUGAUCCUGGAAAGAGUAUUAAUUUUGGAAGAGGCCAAGAAGAAGACAAAGUUAUUGAGUUUGAGUAUCUGGACAACAAUGUCUUGGAGGAGCUUCUUGAUACAAAAGAAGAUCAUCAUAGGCAGGGGCAACCAACACAUAAUGGAAAAAAAUUCACUGAUAUUUAGCUUUUGUUUGUUUGAUUUUUUCUAUUUUACUCUUUACCCCCAAAAAAUUGGAAAUAAGGGGUACAUUUAAUUUGCCUCAUCUGAAGAAGUUCCUUUGUUCAA